AUGGCGGAGAUUCAGAAGACGAGUACGUCAACUUUUGUAACUUCCGAUCCUCAUAAUUUUGAUUAUUUUAGUUAUAUUCUGGAGAUUAUGCUUGCUAAAGUUCCAAUGGAUAGUGAGGUUAUUCGCAUUUAUCGGCAAAUCCCCAAGUUUCCUGAACGAGAAAUUUCAUCGGCUCUACAAACUUUUCUUGACGCUGGUGAUAUUCCAAAAAGGGGUGGAGGAAAAUGGAAGGCUAAGGUGGUCAUUGAUAAACCUAUGAAAUCUAAAUCUCAUUCGAAAAGGCCACCUAAGAAAGUGAAGCCAGUUGUUGUGACAGAAGAAUCAGAAGAGGAUACACUCAGUGAUAUUCAUCUUAAUGAUGAAUUUUUUACUGAUGAUGCUACGAAAACAUCAGAAUUUCCUGAGAACAAUCUGGAGUUAGUUUCUCAACCUGAAACAGUGAAGCUCUCCACUCAAAUUCCAACAACCAAUCCAAUCCCAACUCCUAUUUUUACCGAAUCUACAACCACAACACCCGUUUCUCAACCUAAACCUACUUCCACUACUAUACCUCCAACUUCUGAACCCAUUGUUACUGAAAAUGAACCAGUUCUUAAUGAAUAUUUCACUUCCGAACAACCAUCAUCAAGUGUCCCACCAAUUCCUACCACUCGACUUGAUUCCGAACCAAUUCCAAUAUAUCCAUCAGUUCACGAAACAUCUCCAUCAGAUUUUGAUGCAUAUUUCAUGGUUGUUGAUGAUCCCGAAGUCUUAGAACCAUAUGUUGCAACCCCAACAACUGUUUUCUAUGAUGAGAAUUCGGAAUUUGUCACCAGUCAAGAAUUUGAUGUUAUGAAAAAAAAGUUUGAUACUCUUAUUACGCAUGUUGCUUUUUCUGAAACCACUACGAAAAUUGACAGAGCAGUUUUAGAUAUUCAAGCAAUUUCUGAAAAGAUGGAUUCAGUUCUUAAGGGAGUUCAAGAUUCAGUUGACAAUAAGCUUUUUUCAGUUGAAACUACUGUUAAAACUAUGGAACCUUAUCUUCAAGAAGAGAAAGAGUCCUUUUCAGCUCUUCAUUUUGCUCUACAAAAGGAUAAUUUUGAUCAUCAUACUUCAUUUUUGAAGUCUAUUCUUGCAUUGCAAAGGAAUUAUGAGGGAGAAUCUAAGUUGAUGAAUACAAUAGCUGAGAAGACUCAUAAGAUCAAAACAAUGAGGCCGUAG